UCUUCGAACUUCCGUUUCGUAAUUCAUGAAUGUGUGUUGUGUUCAUUAUUCUAGCGAAUUUCCUUUGGUUUUGAGUUUUUUUAAAAUUUUUAGCACGAGAAUUGAUAUUUUUGUUUUCUGUGAGUGUGAAAAGUGGGCUAGGACGUGGAAAUCUCACUAACGAAAUGUAUCAAUAGUGCCCUUGUCCAAUUUUUAUGACAUGACAUGGGAAUGUCAAAUUUACUGACUAGCGUCCGAGAAUUUUUAAGUUUAGGGCGUGAUGUCUUUGAUUUUCGUGAGCGAUGGAUACAAAGGACUGUAAAUUUAUGAUUUCGUGGUGUUCACAACGUAAUACAAAACGAGGAACGCAAGCUUACUUCGGAGUUUGUGUUCCACAAUAGUUAACUCAAGUCUUUCGGUAUGUGGCACACUCAGGCCGUGUUAUGAAUGAGGAGGCUCUCUUGGCGCGGGCUUCCGAGGAGCGGGAGCGUAUCUUCCAAAGGUAUGAGAGAGGAAGAGAGAAUCUCACAGGACAAAUAGACCCUUGGGAGGACCCCGAAUUUGAAGAGUACCACAAAACUGACAGGUAUGGCUUCAUCCACGAUGAACGGUUGCCGCAGAAGACGGCGCCGCAAAAGGUCAACAUUGAAGUGGAAAGAGAGAAAAAAUGGGUUAAAAUGCUCGCAUUUUGGGACUCUCCCACUACCAAAGAAAAGCUGCAUAGGCGCAUAUACAAAGGCAUUCCAAAUUCGUUAAGAAUAAAAAUUUGGUGCAAACUGUUAGACGUUAAUAGAAUAAAGUCAGAAAAUCCAGGGAAGUACCAGGAGAUGUUAAAGUUAGCUAAACUAUGGUCCACGGAUGUAAGACAAAUAGACUCUGAUGUUAAUAGACAGUUCCGUGAACACCAGUUUUACCGCGAGAGAUAUUCAGAAAAGCAAUGUUCAUUGUUUAAUGUGCUGUGUGCUUAUAGCAUUUACAACUCUGAGGUGGGAUACUGUCAGGGCAUGUCUGGCUUGGCUGGAGUUUUGUUGAUGUACAUGGACGAGGAAGACGCAUUCUGGGCACUUGUUAUACUCCUAUCUGACAAAAAGUACCUCAUGCAUGGACUGUACAUAGAAGGUUUUCCAAAGCUAACAAGAUUUCUGGAACACCAUGAUAAGAUACUCACAAAGUUUAUGCCUAAACUAAAACAUCAUUUUGACAAAUUUGGCCUGGAUGCUAUACUUUACUCAUUGAAAUGGUUUUUUGUUGUGUUCGUUGAACGAGUACCAUUCAGCCUAUGUUUGAGGGUGUGGGAUAUUUAUCUGCUGGACGGAGAGAGGGUGAUCACUGCUAUGGCAUAUACAAUACUCAAACUUCAUAAGAAAGCAAUCAUGAAAUUAAAUGACAUGGAUCUUAUUGUUAAUUAUAUUCAGGUUAAACUUCACAAAGACUUUGGUUAUGAGGAUGACGUGGUAAUUUAUCAUUUGGAAAAGGCUAUGGAUGAAUUAAAACGAGCUAAAUUAGACUAUCCUGGGCUGCCACCACCGAAUGAGCUGCCAAAGCGGCCAUUGGGGCACUUUGUAGAGCCAAACAAAAAGUCCAAGAUCGGUCAGCGGGCGGAAAACUUUUCAGAAACUGAAAAACAGGCCAGAGCAACUGUGAUAUUAAGGCAUGAAAAAGCUGCGUUAGAACUGCAAGAGCUACGGGUGUCUCAGAGCGACACAGUCUCAGAGCACAGCGGUGUGGCGGCGGGGGCGCGCUGCGACGAUUCUGCGUCAGCGCUGGGGUCGCGGCGCUCCCUGGCCGACACGAGCGUGACGAGUACCGCGGACCUUAGCGUGUUCUCCAGCGGGCGGUCGCACGCUCCUGACAACUCGCUCGAUACACACAGCAACGUCAGCGACGACGGCACUGGGUCAGAUGGGUCAGGAAUAUGCGGGCUGAGUAUACAGAGGGCGCCGUCGACCACGCACUCCACCCCCCGCGCCACCCCGCACCCACCGUCCGUCUCCCCGCUCUCCGAUGACGUGGUACGUAUCCACGUGACCUACAACCCGCUCGCGGCAAGCCCCUCCCACCUACACCCCGUCAGCCCCUCCAAAUACAAAGCCUACGAGGAACACCACAAACCGAUGACCCUGGGCUUCUACCCAAGCAACGGGGCCAAUAACCUCCCAUCCGACAACAGAAUCAGAAUCCAAGUGCCAUCUGAGGAACUCCUGACUCCGGUAGUCGACUCCGGUCGCAUCAUCACUCAAAGAUACAUAGAAUCUCAGGAUCUGUACGAUCUUAAAUAAACUGAAUUUCAAUUAGAUUAAUCGAUAACUGCCAUAAUUGAGCACAGAGUAAGCAUACUGCGUCAGCGCUAAUUAACUUUGUUCAUCUGAUCUAGCUGUUUAUAUUUGGUAAUUGUAAAAUUGUAAAAGUAUGUAAUCGGCUUUAGAAGCGCCGACAGCGCUGUGUAAAAGAUCUUCAUUAAAUAAAUGUAUAGAUAAUUUAGAGUAGACUUAAUUAAAAGGAAAUUUUAUUAUACUCGAGGAAUAAACAAUCUGAUAAUGUUAACGUUGGAUCUGUAAAUUGUAUGUUAGUCAUAAAAGUUAAUUUAGUGACCGCGUCAUUGAUAUUUACUAUUUAUGAGACGACCUAUCUUAACUAAAUAUUAGGAAAUGAAUCUAAUGCCAGUAGGAAAUGCAAGAAACUGCUGACAUUUAAAAAUUAUUUUAUAACAGGCGUUUAUUAUUAUGUAUCUUUAAAAGAUGAAUCGCUUGCGAUAGUGUUCUGUAUUGUAAGUAUGUAAUAAUGUUGAUCAUUUAUAAAUUAACCGUUUGUUUCACGAUUACAUAAAUAUACGUUAGUUCAAGUACUACUUUGACUGUUAAAUAGUUCAAUUGGAAAAAGCAAAGUCGUUCCUGGAAUUACGGUGAUAUUGUUAUGUAUUUUGUUUUAUUAUGCAUUUAGUUGUAUAUAUUUGGAAUUAAAAUGUAUAACGCAAUAUUUUAACUAACGUAUAAAAUAUAUUUAACAUCAUUUGUGUGCAUGCUAAAUACUUAUUUUAUUUAUUUAUUCAUGUCUGUAAGUUAUUAUUUUUAUUUUAUUUAGGUGUAUCUAGGUUUCUGUAUGUUUGGGUAGUAUGUAGAAAGAAAUAGUGUAUUUUUAUAUGUUGUGUAGAAAAUUUCAAGUCUAAAGCUGAUGACUGAGACCAAGACAAGUUAACGUUAUGCCGCUGGAGCAUGUUCAAGGCUUAGAAAAUUGAGAUAAAUGUGUUUUUGAUUAGAAAAGGUCAUUCAUUUGCUUCAACAGAGACUCUGCUGGACAUGGUCUUCCAUACAAGCGAAUAAAGGUAACAGAAAUUCUCGACCUUUUUUAAAUUUGCAUUUGUAUUCUGACACGUAUACGUUUUGCAACCAUGAAUUAUUAUUUAGAAUCGUGUUUAUUUGUUCCAUGCAUUUAAUACUCAUUUUAUAAGCAAUAGUAUGGCAGCUGCUUCAUCCCACUUUCGGGAGAGGCACACGCACAGAACAUGCAUAUUUACAUGAUUUUCAAUAACCCUCCUUCUGGAGCAGUCGGGUAAAAAUAGGUACAAUUGUAUUUAAACCUUUGUCAUCAGCUUAAGACAACUUCGACGUUUCAUAAAUCUUCCAAAAGUUGAAAACCACUGAUUCUCAAAACUUUUCCCCAGAUUGAAUGUGAUCAAUGAAUCUCGACUCAAAUUAUAAUAUUUAUGUGUUACCGUUUAAAUGUGUAAUACGCGCAAUAACUAGGCAAUCUGCAAAUUAAUAUGU